AUGUCAGACAUUUAUAUCUAUCUAUCUAUCUAUCUAUCUAUCUAUCUAUCUCAAUCUAUUCACCGCAGACCAUUUAUAUCUAUCUAUUUCAGUCUAUUCAUAUCUAUCUAUCUAUCUAUCUAUCUAUAUUCAUAUCUAUAUGUCUGUCUAUCUAUCAAUGUAUCUGUCUUAGUUUAUUCAUAUCUAUCUAUCUAUCUAUCUUGUUUUGUAUUCAUGUCUUACGUCUUUUUUCUCUGUUUUUCUUCUUUUCCCUUUCUUCUCUUUUUCUUUUUUCUCUCUUCUUUCAUGCUUUCUUUUUUCUGCCUUUUCUUAUUAACUGUUUCUUUACACUUUCUUUUAUUUCCGUACAUUUCUUCUUUCUUCUUGCCGUUUAACUAUGCUUUUUCUUUCUUUCUUUCCUUCUUUCUUUCUUUUUCAUUCUGGGCUUUGCUAACAAAUGUUUGCUUUCUUUUCGGAUAUCUUUCUAGGUUUUACUUAAAAUUAAGUGUAAACGAAGUUUUAAACAAGAAAUUAAUUAUUCUUUAUUUUGAUAAAACUCCACUAUCUUUCAUUCAUUCAUUAUUUAUUUAUUUAUUUAUUUAUUUAUUCUUUCCUUCCUUCAAUCCUUUCUUUCAUUCUUUCUGCAUCGGUUCGUUCUUUCUUUCUUUUCUAAAACUCUGUUUGAUUUUUUCUUUCUUUCUUUCUUUCUUUCUUUCUUUCUUUCUUUCUUUCCUAAAAAAAUCGCUUUCUUUCUUUCUUUAUUUUAUAAAAAAUCACUUUUUCUUUUUUCGCGUUCUUUCUUUGUCUAUAAAAAAUUGUUUUCUUUCUUUUUCCCAUAAAAAAUCACUUUCUUUCUUUAUAAUAAUUUGUUUUUUUUUUCUUCCUUUAUUUCGUCAAAAUUCGCUUUCUUUUUUCCUCAUAAAAUUGUCUCUCUUUCUUUAUUUCUUCCAUGAAAAUUCUCUUAGCCUUCUUCUUUCUCUCAACUGUCAUAAUUAUCGCCAUUAUGUCUUCUCUUGUGUUGUUUUUCCCGUCCACCUUCCUCUUCUUCUCCCUCCUCUUGCUCCUCCUUCUCCUCUUGCUCCUCCUUCAUCUUCUUCUUCUUCUUCCUCCUCCUUCAUCUUUUUCGUCUUCCUCCUGCUCCUCCUCUUCCUCCGUCUUCUUCUUCUUCUGUCACGACGACGACUACAUUUUCUUCAUCUCUUCUCUCAUUACAGCCCUAAUCAUUAUCACGCGGACUGUCAACAAAAUCUCUUUCGCUUUUCUCUAUUCUCUCUUUCUCUCUCUUUCAUCAGUCUUCUUUUUGAAUCACUCAACUUGACAAACACCGUCCGCCAUUUCUCCUAA